GUAUUAAAAAUAAAAAUGUUUAGACUCUUGUGUUACAAAUUAUAUUUAUAUUAGUUCAACAAAAAUAUUAGUUGGCGAUGUAUCGAGUGUAAAGCGUAAUAAUGUGAUCGUAUUUAUUUAAUAGUUAGCCAAAUAGUUAAUGACACCGAAAAAGACUAUAUUAAAACUAUACACCUGAUAAUUCAGAAAUUGAAGCAAGGAAAGCAUUGCAAAUUUAAAAAACAUAUUGAACUUAGUGCUCAAGAAGUUUUAGGCACUGUACCAAUGUAUUUUUACAGACAAUUUGUACAGCAGAUUUAAGUAAUUCUCCACAAUAUUGUUGUGUCACCUCCCAUGGGUCUGAUCGCUCGGGAGCAGGUGUCGUUGCUACAAAAGCUGUGCUGCUGGCCCAUAACACAAGAAAUAAUUUUAAAAAGUUCCUGAAACACACAUGAUAACACAAGAGAAAAGAGAAGUUAUAAUAACUUUUCAAUAUGGCUGAAACGACUAAGUCUAAGUCUGCCUCGCUCCGUUGGGUAGAAUACGGAAAAGAGCUACACUUUGUCAUUGCUGCAAGGACAAUGUAAAAAUUGACAUGGAAACCGUUGUGAGACGUUUACAACCCGAAAACUAUGAAGACUGGUUUAAUGGAAAAGAUAUUGGUUGCCAUCCAGAAGACGACACUUCUCAUAACACAAGAGAAAAGAGAAGUUAUAAUAACUUUUCAAUAUGGCUGAAACGACUAAGUCUAAGUCUGCCUCGCUCCGUUGGGUAGAAUACGGAAAAGAGCUACACUUUGUCAUUGCUGCAAGGACAAUGUAAAAAUUGACAUGGAAACCGUUGUGAGACGUUUACAACCCGAAAACUAUGAAGACUGGUUUAAUGGAAAAGAUAUUGGUUGCCAUCCAGAAGACGACACUUCUCAUAACACAAGAGAAAAGAGAAGUUAUAAUAACUUUUCAAUAUGGCUGAAACGACUAAGUCUAAGUCUGCCUCGCUCCGUUGGGUAGAAUACGGAAAAGAGCUACACUUUGUCAUUGCUGCAAGGACAAUGUAAAAAUUGACAUGGAAACCGUUGUGAGACGUUUACAACCCGAAAACUAUGAAGACUGGUUUAAUGGAAAAGAUAUUGGUUGCCAUCCAGAAGACGACACUUCUCAUAACACAAGAGAAAAGAGAAGUUAUAAUAACUUUUCCGUAUGGAUACCAUGCUGGCUUUAACCAUGGUUUCAAUAUGGCUGAAACGACUAAGUCUAAGUCUGCCUCGCUCCGUUGGGUAGAAUACGGAAAAGAGCUACACUUUGUCAUUGCUGCAAGGACAAUGUAAAAAUUGACAUGGAAACCGUUGUGAGACGUUUACAACCCGAAAACUAUGAAGACUGGUUUAAUGGAAAAGAUAUUGGUUGCCAUCCAGAAGACGACACUUCUCGUGACAUAGGAAACUAUUAUUAUGGACAAGGUCAUCCUAUGAAGCCACAUAGGAUUUCAAUGACUCAUAAUUUGAUUUUAAAUUAUGGUUUAUACCAAAAAAUGGAAAUAUCUAGACCUUAUAAAAUUAAUGCAAAAGAAAUGACCAAAUUUCAUAGUGAUGAGUACAUACAGUUUUUAAAAAGUAUUUGUCCUGAUAAUAUUAACGAUUAUAACAUGCAAAUGCAAAGAUUCAAUGUUGAUGAAGAUUGUCCAGUUUUUGAUGGUUUGUACAAAUUUUGUCAGCUAUCUGCGGGCGGUUCAGUAGCAGCAGCUGUAAAAUUAAAUAAACAAUCUGCAGAUAUUUGUAUCAAUUGGGGAGGUGGUCUUCAUCACGCAAAAAAAUCUGAAGCCAGUGGCUUUUGCUAUGUUAAUGAUAUAGUACUUGGUAUAUUAGAAUUGCUUAAAUACCAUCAACGAGUGUUGUACAUUGAUAUUGAUGUCCAUCACGGUGAUGGUGUCGAAGAAGCAUUUUAUACAACUGAUAGAGUUAUGACAGUUUCAUUCCACAAACAUGGCAAAUAUUUUCCUGGUACUGGAGAUCUCGGAGAUAUUGGUGCUGGAGAAGGAAAGUACUAUGCAGUUAACAUUCCCUUAAGAGAUGGAAUGGAUGAUGAUAGUUAUGAAUCAAUAUUCGUACCAAUAAUUACUAAAGUAAUGGAGACGUUCCAACCUAGUGCAGUUGUAUUACAAUGUGGAGCGGAUUCACUUACAGGAGACAAGCUUGGAUGCUUUAAUCUAACUGUUAAAGGUCAUGGCAAAUGUGUUGAAUUUGUAAAACGUUAUGGGUUACCCUUUCUUAUGGUCGGCGGAGGUGGUUACACUAUUCGAAAUGUAUCUCGAUGUUGGACAUAUGAAACAGCUGUGGCCUUAGGAGCUGAAAUUGCUAAUGAAUUGCCGAAUAAUGACUAUUAUGAAUAUUUUGGGCCCGAUUUUAAACUUCAUAUCAGCCCUUCGAAUAUGAAAAAUAGAAAUACUACAAAGUAUUUGGAAAAAAUUAAAAACCGUCUCUUUGAAAACUUACAAAUGCUACCUCACGCCCCAGGAGUUCAAGUCCAAGCUAUCCCCGAAGACGGAGUACACAAUGAGUCAGACGAUGAAGAUAAUGUUAACCCAGAUGAAAGGAAUCCUCAAUCUAUUACAGAUAAAAAAAUUUCACCUGAUAAUGAAUUUAGCGACAGUGAAGAUGAAAGCAUGGCUCCUGGUGUAGGGGGUGGUGGCCGAAAAGAUAAUAGAUCUUAUAAAACUGUCAUACCUGCUAGAAAACAAGCAUGUUUGGACUCGAAUAGGAUAGAAGUCAAUGAACCAAAAUUUAAUAUUAUAACAGAUGAUAAAGAAGACAAAUCUGAUGAUUCUAAUAAAAUGGAUGCUGUCAUGUCGUGAAUUUAUGACUGAAAUGUAUAAUACAAUUGUAAAUAAUAAAAAAAAAAAAAGUAAAACAAUGGUUUACUGUCAUUCAUUUAUAUACAUAAGCU